AUGGCACGAAUACGGAGUCGGGGAGAAGCAGAUCUCGAGAAGGAAGGUUUUCUAAAUCGUCACCCACACAGCAGCGAAGACGAUAGUAACGACACCUUCGACGAGGAAGAAGGAAACCCUUCGAUCGCGUCCUCCCGAGCCACCUCUGCCUCCUACAAGCCCAUGCUCAUCAACAAAGCCUACAGCUCUAAACGUUCCUCUUCACCCUCCUACCUUGGCAGGAUGCCUCGGUCCAUUAUGCGAUAUCUCUGCCUAGGGGUCGCUGUCGCCCUCCUCAUCUUCAUCUUUUCGCUGGUGCGAAUGAGUUACGUCGCAGAACAGGAGGUGCAAGAAGCCAUUGAACAAGAACAGGUGAAGCCUAAACCUCCCCCAUGGGAAGGUUUUCCGUUUCUGCAAAGGUAUUAUGGCGGAAUACGAUCGAUGGUGCCCGUCGUGGAUAACGUGCCCGAGUACCCAAGGAAGGAGGACGAGGUGGAAUGGGAGAAACUGAAUAUUACUGAAGAAGCUGCCGAAAACUUAACGCCAGACGAGGCGCAAACGCCAGACGAGGCGCAAACGCCAGACGAGGCGCAAACGCCAGACGAAGCCCGCCCUGCUAGAAAGGAAAGGAGAAAGAGAGCGAUCCAGUCUAGCAAGAGAUUCGAACCAUAUCCCAGCUACACUUCGCCAGAAUACGUUGCCAAAUACGGUCAAAAGGUGGACUGUUACCUGGAUGCCGAGAAUACCAUCUCAAUCCCACAGGUGCGGAUAUACGAGGGCAUUCCAUGGGGGUUUCCGGACAUGGUCAUGGGUUCUGCGAAGCUCCUGGGUCUCAGGGACGACAUCUGCUAUGACCGAUUUGGGCGCCUGGGACCCUAUGGCCUUGGGUACAGCAUCAACCGAGGUGGAAGUGGUGCUCAGCAGGAAGGCGAAAGAGAAGGAGCUGAUUUGGUGUGGCAGGAAGCGCCCGAAGUGGAUUGGAGAAAAGUCCAUUGGGUUGAUGCUCAGCAAAGAUGCGUGUUGGCAAAUAAUCACCGUUUCAAGGAACUGCCCGAGAAACCAAGAAUCGACACGUUCCGAGCGAUGCCAAUCGGCACCGUCUACAACAAGAGAGACGAUACUGUUGAUUUUGAGGCCAUGCCAACAACGACACCCGAGAGCCCCAAGAGGCCCAAGACCGGCUCAGAAAGACUUCCUCGGACGGCAGUUGUGAUCCGCACUUGGUGGGAUUACCCAUACACGCCCGAAGACAAGAUCUACCUUCGUUCCCUCAUUUCAGAAUUGACCAUGUUGAGCGGUGGCGAGUAUGUGGUGCAUUUCCUGGUCCAAGUCAAAUCCAACGACGUGCCCAUAUUUUCCGACGAUGAAACCUACGAGCGUGUUCUUCGAGACUCAUUACCCGAAGAAUUCCGAGGCAUGGGCACCCUCUGGACCGAAAAGCAGAUGGAGCUCAUGUACGGUGGUCUGGAAGAGACAAACAUGCGCGAAUUGCCUGUUCACGGAGUGUAUCGCAGUACCUUUAUGCCCAUGCAAUACUUCGCCUAUCAGCAUCCCGAGUACGAUUUCUUCUGGAACUGGGAGAUGGACAUUCGAACCACACACCACUGGUACCAUUUCUUCGACAGCGUCACGAAAUGGGCCAAGCAACAACCACGCAAACUCCUCUGGGAGAGAAACAGCCGGUUUUAUGUCCCAUCCGAACACGGCGAAUGGGAAGACUUUAGCCAAAUGGUUCGCAUCCAAACGGAACACGGCACAAACAGCAUCGCCAAUUUAUGGAGCAGUCUGAACCGCGCAAACAAGGAUCCCAACGACCCGAGCUCCAAGACUACCCCUCUGGGAGCGAUGAAACAGCAAGGUGACAAACCAAUCUGGGGCCCUGAACGACCCCUUGAUGACGACGUCGCCAUGGAUACGGACCCGACUCCGCCCACCUCGUUUGAAAAGGACAAGUACACAUGGGGUGUCGGCGAAGAAGCAGACCUGAUUGUGUUCAACCCGCUGUUCGACCCCGAUGGCACGACCUGGCUUCUGACGGAUGACACCACGGGGUACAACAUCACGCGUGGCCGUCCACCACGCCGGACCGCCAUAAUCACGGCGUCCCGUCUUUCUCGCAAAUUACUGUUAACUAUGCACAAGGAAACUGCCCUGAAGAAACACAGCAUGUUCUCCGAGAUGUGGCCCGCCUCCUGCGCGCUGCAACACGGCCUAAAAGCCGUUUACGUGCCUCACCCAGAAUACGUCGACCGCAAAUGGCCCACCAACUAUCUCGCCUCAGUCUUCAAUGCAGGCCGCAAUGGCGCCACUGGCGGCGCCCGCACCUCCGUCUUUGGCGAGCGCGAGCAUAACUUCCGAGGUACCACCUGGUAUUACAAUGCCGGGUUCCCCGAGGUUCUCUGGCAUCGAUGGUUGGGAAUGAAGUUCAACAAUGACGGCGGGGAACAGUGGGAGGUAGCAGGAGAAGGUAGGAUGUGCCUGCCCGGCGUGCUGUUGCAUCCAAUCAAGAGAGUCGAGUUGGUGCAGGAAGGGAGGAGGGCGGAUCAAGCUGGAUGA